AUGGCCACUCACGUAGCUGUGCUCGAUGAUUACCAUGGGCUCGCGCCUUCGUACUUUGGCAAAUUGGACCCAUCAGUUUUCACUGUCAAGUAUUUCCCAGAAACACUGCGGCCGUAUAAUAAUGCCGCUACAAGUGAAGAGGAAAGACAGGAGAUCGUCAAGAGAUUGGAGCCCUUUGAAGUCAUUUCAACUUUGAGAGAGCGGACUCCAUUCCCCAGAGAGUUGAUUGAGCAUCUCCCCCGACUCAAGCUGAUUCUCAGUUGUGGAAGAAGGAACAAGGCCAUUGACAUGGAAGCUUGUCAGUCGCGGGGCAUUCCAGUGACAGCUACGAUAGAUAAACAUGUAGGCUUAGUCGACAGCACUACUGAACACAUUGUCACACUCAUCCUCGCCGCCUGCCGAAGCAUACCAUACCAUGAUACGGCGAUCAAGACUGGCAAGUGGCAAACCAGGCUUGUCACCUCUAUUUCCGGCAAGACCCUUGGUUUGGUCGGACUUGGACGUUUGGGCGGGGCAGUGGCUCGUAUUAUGAGCCUCGCGUUCGGUACCAAGAUCAUCGCCUGGAGCACCAAUCUUACUCAAGAAGUCGCCGAUGAGCAGGCCAAAGCCCAAGGUCUGCCUGUUGAAAAUCAGGAUGGAGAAAAGACCUUUAGGGCCGUGAACCGCGAGGAGCUAUUCAGCACGGCCGAUGUAGUGAGCGUGCAACUAGUACUCUCCGACCGAACCAGAGGUUUGAUUACCGAGAGCGACUUAUCUAGAAUGAAACCUUCUUCAUUCUUUAUCAAUACAUCUCGGGGUCCGCUCGUCGUCGAGAAAGACUUAUUCACUGUCCUCGAAACUGGGAAGAUCAGGGGAGCGGCAUUGGAUGUGUUCGACUUAGAGCCUCUGCCCCUAGACAGCAAGUGGCGGAACUCGGACUGGGGCACGAAUGGUAAGAGUCAACUGGUUGUCACACCUCAUAUCGCAUUUGUCGAGGAACGCGCGAUGAAUGAGUUCUAUGAGCAACAAGUGGCGGAGUUACUCAAAUGGUCCAGCGGCCAGACACUUAGCAAAACUAUGUAUUGA